AUGCUGCAGCCGACCAGCAACAGACCAACCCCGUCCCCCCAGACUCGCCUGAACCAGACAGCCGCUGCAGUUUCGGCCUCCUCGCUGGCUAAUGCUCAUUCGUAUAUUGGUUCUCGAAAUCCGGGCCCCCCUGUCCUGGGAAACAGUCUCAUUGCUCGGGACUACUUGAGCUCCAGGUCCAGCUCGAAGUCGGAUUUACACCAGCGUGGAAGGGAUCCGCAGGACUACGGUUCACAUGGAAUGAGGACGGUGUCUGAUGGUUCUGAGAAGAGUUCUGCCACACAAGUACUACAGCGCGAGGCCGUCCUGAAGGCCGAGAGGCAACCCGAUACACCCGCUACACGGCUGGAAGACAUCGUGCACAGCACGGAGGAAUCGCAGCCCGGGUCCCAGGAUCGCUUUUCCCCAGAGCAAACAAACAAUCCUCUUCUAGAGUCCCCCAGGUCCUACGCAUCGUCCUCCAGCAGCGCAUAUCGACCCAAUACUAUGCCGCGGACAUCUUCCAUUGACUCUGCAAUCUCGUCCAUUUCCCAUGUCUCCCACGUACAGAAGCAAUCCGGGGAGGCAAAAUAUCCCAGCCAGGAAGAAGUGCAGCACCUCAUUGCAACAGCUGGCACGGCGGAGAACCUGAUCCAGCACCUUUUAAGAGACAAAAGCCAUGCCGCAGCCCAAAAUGGGCAGCUCUGGAAACUCGUCGAUAAACAGAGGGCUGUUUUGCUUGGCUUGAACAAGGAUCUCGAGCGCUUGACAAAGGAGCGGGAUCGGUACAAGAGGAAGGUGAGAGAAUUGCAAGCACAGCCGUCAGCGGAGCCCGAUGAUAGGUUGCGUGGGGGAGAUGGUCACUCGCUUCAAUCUGUCGGGGAUGCUUCACUCGAGUCAAAGGAAAUCGAGCCAGUGGACGUCUGGGGUUUGGGGAUGGGUGUCGAGCAAAAAACGUCGAGCACACUCCGCGGCAAUCAGUCAACGGGAUCACCUGUUGAUGUCGCGAUGAUUCCACGGCCACUCCAGCUGGAGCCGGCAGCACAACUAGAUAUCCGUUCCGCACUAUCAGCGCAACCGACUUUCUCGUUGACUGAGGCGACUCCGCUAGCAGAGAGAGCUCCAAAAUCUUUCCAGCCCUCACGAAAGGCACCACCAAAACCUCUCGACCUCCGUCAUACGAAGGAUGACCUAUCCAGCAGCCGACUUAUCGUAGCAGAUGAGUCAGUCUUGGUUAGUGACGGUGACGAGGACGAGGACGGAGAAGAUAGACAACCUGUGUCGCGAGGCAGACGCAAGACGCGAGAAGAAGAUGACCUUGACCGCGAGCUUCUUGUUCUCAACGAACGUGAAGCUAGAAGUCGCUCAAAGAAGGUCAAGAAGAACAAGCGUGAACCGGCAGAAGCCGAACUUCAACACAAGUCUCCUGAACCUCCGUCAAGUCUACCUCCAGCGCAGCUCCACAAGUCGCAAGAUCAUCUGUCACCGUCUUCCACCAUUUCGCAGGGCUCGUCGGCUCAGUUGUCACUACCUCUGCGCAGCCCCGGCCUUCCUCUGAGUCCACGUCCCGUCGCCAAUAACCUCACGGGAGCCUCACUCCCCUUGUCCCCUCGCGGCCCUAACGGUAACUUUCCCUUGUCGCCACGAGCACCGAAGCAACCGUUACCUUUGCCCACCACUCCUGGUCAACAAGCACCUACUCCUGAUGCCCAGCAGAAGACCGACCCCUUGCCUCUUACCAAGAUGAAUACCAACAGUACCACCACGGAUUCAGAUCGGAGUCAGAUCGACGACUCUCCACUCAGUCCUAGUGACAUCCCACCUGUGAGUCGGAAGCUUGCCAGUCCCACAUGGCCUGACUUUCUCCUCCCUCCCAAUGCCCUACCGUCGAUCCAAGUGAAGGUGGCAUCUUCUCGCUUGCGACCAUCCAGGAACAGCAUACUCGGCUUGAAGCCACAAGAGGAGAACUCGGUUUUCAUCCUGUCGAUCUUUGAACGUGCCACUACAUCUGAACUCUGGCGGGUGCAGAAGGUCCCUGCUUCCCUCCCAAUUCUCGACCAACAGCUCCGGAGUCGAUCUACCGAUCUACCGAAAAUGCCAGAUCGGAAGCUGUUCUCAGGCCACUCUCCAGCUGUACUAGAUGCGCGAAAAACUUCAAUCGAAACAUAUUUCGAGGACCUCCUCGAUACUCCCUUGGAUGAACAUGCCGCUGCGAUGAUAUGUCGAUUCAUGUCGACCGACGUCAUGGAAUCUCGACCUCAUCUCCGUGGUCAGAAGGACGUCACUGACGGCGAUAAGGCCGCCCGAGGGAUGCAGGGGAGCGGCGUUCCCACCAAGUCAGGCUACUUGACAAAGAAGGGCAAGAACUUCGGGGGCUGGAAAUCAAGGUACUUUGUUCUAGACAGUCCGGAGCUGAGAUACUUCGAAGCCCCAGGCGGUGCGCAUCUCGGGACCAUCAAGCUGCUGAGUGCACGCAUUGGUCGACAAAGCCAGACAGAUUCCGCAACACAUCCGGAGGUCGACCCCGAAAAUCAAUACCGGCAUGCCUUCCUCAUUCUAGAGCCGAAGCGGAAAGAUAUGAACAGCCACGUCCGUCAUGUCUUGUGCGCCGAGAGUGACGCUGAGCGGGAUGAGUGGGUGGAGACGCUGUUGCAUUAUAUUGACGAGAGACUGGAAGAGCCUAGGUCGCAAUAUGGUGCCGGAGUCCAUACCGCACUUGCGAAAGAGGCCAAGGCUUUUCAUCGACCCGGAACCGACGAUAUAGAGUCCAGGCUGACGGGAAGUUCGUCACUCAACGAAGCGAACAGUGACACGCCCUCGCCAUCAAAUGCUUCUGCCAACACUUCUGAGGGCACCCAGGAGCCUGGAUCGUCCACCAAACCAUUCACCAUCUCAGGGCCGAUGAAUGGAACCGUCAUCUCCGACCUCGGGCUCUGGGGCAACAAGGCCGCCGGGAAUGGUGGCAGCAGGGAGCGAGAGCAGAAGAAACGCAACAUCUUCCACUUCGGAAAACCGUCUCACGAGCCCGUGGGGCAUGGUCAAACAAACCAAGCCAAGCGAACAGAAACUGCCGGGCAUCGCAGCGGGCAUGUACGUCCAGUGUUCGGCAUGCAAUUGCAAGAAGCAGUCGAAUGCUAUUCGCCGGUCGACGUGGAUGUGUUUCUUCCCGCUGUGGUGUAUCGCAGUAUUGAAUAUCUUCGAGCAAAGAAGGCUUCCAAUGAGGAAGGAUUGUUUCGGCUCAGUGGAUCGAACAUUGUCAUCCGACAGCUGAAAGAUCGCUUCAAUUCGGAAGGCGACGUAAACUUGCUGGCAGAUGAAGAGGAAUAUGAUGUUCACGCUGUGGCAUCGCUUUUCAAGACGUACCUCCGAGAAUUGCCGUCCACCCUGCUGACUCGAGAGCUGCACCUGGAGUUCCUGAAGGUGCUUGAGCUGAAUGAUAAGUCACAAAAGGUCGUGGCGUUCAACGCUCUGGUUCAUCAAUUACCUCCCGCCAACUUUUCACUGCUGCGAACGUUAUCACAAUAUCUGCUUGAGGUGGUGCAGAAUGCGGAUCGAAACAAGAUGAGCGUCAAGAACGUGGGAAUUGUGUUCUCGCCCACCCUCAACAUUCCGGCUCCUGUCUUUUCCAUGUUCCUCACCGACUUUGGUGCGAUAUUCGAGGCAACUAGCGACGAAGACUCUCUUCGAUCGAUCGAGAUUGAACGUGAAGGAGCCUUGACCCCGGAAGAUAUUCGAUCACCGCGUCGUCAAUUGUUCACCGACCUGCCGACUCCGAUGUACAAUCAAAACAGCUUUUUACAGAACGCAGUUACGACAACAGCAGCUCCAGGAGGUGGGGGGCCACUCGAGCAACACCUAGAUGUCAGCACUGACAUCGGUUUUUCGCCAAUCCCAACGUCGUAUGAGACUAGAAGUUACGUAACAAUCCCACAGGAGACGUCGACUCCAUCUCGGUACCCACCACCACAACCUCCGCAAAGGGAUAACAAGUAUGGAGGGGUGAACAAUAUGUUAAUGCCGGAUCAUGCAGCAAGCGUGAAGGCCAAGCGGCGUGAGAGCUCCAUGCUGUUCAUGUGA